AUGAAGUUGUGUACGCUUGCUGGUCUAUUCCUCGCCUUUGUGUGCGGCGUCGCGGCCUCGACCCAAGACGUCGGCACCAACCUCCAGAACGGCAUCCAAGUCGCCGACAACCUCAUCGCGGACGUCAAGGGCCUCGUCGCCGACGUCCAGCUGCUCAAGUCGUCCAACUCGACCAACAAGGUCCAGCAAGUGCUCGCGAUCAAGGACCGUCUUCAGACCGCAGUCGCUCACGGCCUUGAGAGCGUCGCGGACGGGAAGAAGAUCAUUGCAGACGUCCAGGCGCUGCUCAAGGACGGCGGCAAGCCCGAAGAUGCCGAUGGUAUUGUCGCGGCCGUCAACUCGCUGACGUCGCGCUGGCUGCCGGCGUCGCCGGUUGCGCCGAACGCGACGAGCGCGAUCCAUGACGAUGCGCAGACGAUCGCC